AUGAUGUCUCGUGUGUUUUGUUUUCUCGCUUUGCUGUUGAGUGUUGUCUUUUUGGGUGUGACAGCUGUGGCAAGUUCUUCUUCUUCACUUACAGUUGAUUCUGGUGUUCCUUGUCCUCCUGAGACAAAUGAUUCUGGUGAGGGUAAUAAUUGCUCGCCUACUCAUUCUGCUGCUGCUAAAGCUCCUACUCCUAAUUCUUGUACUGAUGGUGGCUCUACUGGUGGUAGUUGUGCUGCUAAUGCUGUUCGUGGUCCUGCUGGUCCUGCUGGUGAAAGAGGUGAACCGGGUCCUGCUGGUGCUGGUGCUACUACUUGUCCUGAUGGUAAUACAGCUAAUCCUAAUUGUCCCAAAGAUCCAACAUUACGAAACAAACCGCUUGAAGAGGAAGCGGCUGCUGAGGCUUCACAUGGUCACGGUGCUGCUCGUGGUGUUGGUGCACCAAGUAUAGGGCCUGCUGGUGAAGCCGAUCGCGCUGGUGCUCAAGCUGACCAGGAAAUUCCGGACCCUCGAAGAGAACAAGAGGCUGCUGCACCUACUGAUACUGCUAUGAAUCCUGAGGCACCUGCAAGUGCACCUGACACUGGAAUCAGCAGCAACAAUGAAGGAAGUGAAAGUGAAACAUCACAACCUCCAUCUUCUUCUAACGAUACAACCACAGCGGGUGAUGCUGGUUCUAAUCCUGCAUCGACUGAACCUGAUAAUACUCCUUCAGGGAGUGAGUCAACAGGUAGCCAAGAAGGUGAUAUGGGUAAUACAGACACCACCACCACAACAACAAAAGCAACACUUCCUCCUGAACCUGCAAACAACAACAAGAAGGGUGAUGCAGACAGCAGCAGCAGUAUCAGCAGUUAUGUGUGGGUGCGUGUACCACUACUGAUUGUGGUUACACUGGCCUGUAUUCUUGUGUGCUGA